AUGGAAGCGAGACUCUCCGAAACUCUUGGCCUCCCAUCUCCGAAUCCCAACCACUGCCAUGUCCCUAACGAUUUCAAUUCCCUCUUCACUCAUUUCUCCAAUCUCACCUCCGUCCAAAUCCCGAUCGCCAGAAACUCCGAAACCAAACUCAAACGCUCCCGAAAAUCACCGCAUUUCUCAGAAUUCACUGCGAAUUCCAGGAGAUCUCUACCAUUUGCGUCUACAUCAGUCUCGAAUCCUAAACCGGAAUUCCUGAAAUGGAUCAAACCGGCAUCACGAAACAGCCCCAAAAUUCAAACACUGAUGAAGAAUCUCUCCGUCUUCGAACGAGCCCUAAUCGGAGCAGGAGCCGGAGGAAUCGCCGGCGCGUUCACGUACGUCUGUCUCCACCCGUUAGACACGAUCAAAACCAAGCUCCAGACGAAAGGCGCGUCUCAAUUGUACAGCAGCAGCUUCGACGCGAUAGUGAAGACCUUCCAAUCCAAAGGGAUCCUAGGUUUCUACAGCGGCGUCUCCGCCGUAAUCGUCGGCUCCACGUUCUCCUCCGCCGUCUACUUCGGCACCUGCGAGUUCGGUAAGUCCCUCCUCUCCAAAACCCUAGGAUUCCCUCCGGUGCUAAUCCCGCCGACCGCCGGCGCCAUGGGAAACAUAAUCUCGUCGGCGAUAAUGGUUCCUAAAGAGCUAAUCACACAGAGAAUGCAAGCCGGAGCUAGCGGAAGAUCGUACCAAGUCCUGCUCAAGAUUCUCGAGAAAGAUGGGAUUUUGGGGCUUUACGCUGGCUACUCCGCCACAUUGCUGAGAAAUCUACCGGCGGGAGUGCUUAGCUACUCGUCGUUCGAGUACCUUAAAGCCGCGGUUUUGGAGAAGACGCAGCAGAACAAUCUCGAGCCGCUGCAGAGCGUUUGCUGCGGCGCGUUGGCCGGUGCGAUAUCCGCGUCGAUCACGACGCCGUUGGAUGUGGUGAAGACGAGGCUCAUGACGCAGAUUCACGGCGAUGCGGUGAAUAAGCUCGGUGCUGCGAUGUACACAGGUGUGAAAGGGACUGUGAGGCAGAUUCUGAGUGAGGAAGGUUGGGUUGGGUUCACGAGAGGGAUGGGUCCUCGUGUUGUGCAUAGCGCUUGCUUCUCUGCGAUUGGUUACUUUGCGUUUGAGACUGCGAGGCUUACGAUCUUGAAUGAGUAUUUGAAGAGGAAACAAGUCUCUGAAGCUACUGUUGUUGUUGUUGUUGAUGAUGCUGAUUCUUGA